AUGGCGUGCGAUGAAAACGUUAUAAAAAACAUGGCGAAUGAAAUAACACGUAAUUGUCAAGCACAAAAUAUUACGGUCGAUACAGAUUUCGUGAUUUAUUUAAUAGAUUUACUUCUACUAAAUCCGAAGUAUGGAAGAAUGUUCUCUAAAACUAUCAGCAGAAAUAACUUGGAGGCUUUUGUAAAUGACUGUGUUCAUAUGCUUACAAGCGGUACAACAUCAAUAAAUACAUUAAAAAUGCAAUUUAUAAUGCAAAUUAACUACGAUAAGUUACAAAACCUCAUCGACAAACAUCUAGACUCCAUAGACCAGUGUCUCCGACCACUCAUCAAUGAGAUUCUAGACGAAGAUCCUGACGUUGACGACGAUAUAGCUUUCAAGAAACUAUUUAGAAAAAUAUCGAUUUAUAUUAUCUUGUCUAGUGGACUCGGUAAUCCCGGGUCUAUUGUGACGUUGAAAGAAGGCAUGGCAGCCUUAGAAAGCGUGUUCUCUCUGGAAGAUCUCAAAGUAUUUGUCGCUUUACCGCGACAAGAAAAAAUGACACAGUUAAAUGAACUUAUGCAAAUAACGUCGGGCGUGAGGCUUUUUAAUAGAGAUUGUAACAAGGGUGGCGAGGGUAUACCUGAUUUGCCGUUUAAUCUGGUGGACGCUGGCAAGGCUUGUCUAACUGCACUAUCGAAUUCCUUGAUAGGAGUGAUGCAAAGAGUUAAUUCCUUAACAACGGCAGUAGCGGAUACAAUUACAAUACAGGAAGAAACGGGAAACGUUAUCAUUGAUUUACCAAGCAACUCAGAACUGACUGAAAAUAAUUUCAAACAAAUAUUCGAAUUGCUAGCUUUCAAUCGCCAAUAUGAAUUGUACAUACGUAAAUUACUAGCAGACGUUGAAACGAUGGUACAAAACGGUACCCACUACGUAGAGAAAGUGAAGCUAGUGCUCGAAGAGUUACAUUCAUCUGUAAAGUAUAAAGCUGCUGUUCCCGUUGUGACAGUUUUUCCUCUUUUCACAAAACUUUGGAAAGUAUGGCGUUCCAUGCAAAACGUCAUGUACUUGAUGUCUACCGUUAAUCGAUUGAUGUCGAUUCUUGCUAACAUCCAAGAUCAGAUGAAGAUACCCUACGAUAUUGUGGAAAAGAUGCUGGAAGGGAAAAGUGUUAUCACAGAUCACGAUAGAACGAGUAGUAAAAUUAGUGUAACAGAUAAACUGUCUUUGGGUUCGUUGAAGAAUUAUGUGGCUUACGGCGGUAGCUUUACUACAUUGACUGACAAGAAUGUUCAGUUUCUUGGCUUUUGUGCACUUUGUCUAAGCGUUGGAGCGCUCGUGCCAAGUAAUGUGAAACUCGGACUGAUUAAGUUUAAAGGACAUAGUUAUGGUUUCUGUAGUGUUAAAAUGGCGACGCGAUUCAGUAAGGACUCGCAAAGACACGUCAACGAAGUUCUAGAAUUCGCUCGAAACAAUCCCUGUGUGAUCAAUUUACUGAAUAUUUUGGAAGAUGUGAAAGAUGUGAAGAAAAUAGAUAAUCUAGUCACUCGAGUUUUACCAAAAACCAAAAUAUCAGACAAACCUGUACAAACAGAAACUCAUCCCAUUGACGGGUAUAUAGAGAAAAACUACACUUGGGAUAUGUGGGAGUGGAAACGCCGCGCCUGUCAGUGGGCCACAAUAGUCAAUUGUCAAACCCAUUCAACCCAAACAGACUACAGCCAUCUUCGAUCUGAAAUACAUUGUCAAACGGUUGAACCGCGCGAUAAAUGCCAACAAACUAAGAAGGAUACGGGGAUCAAUACUAAUCCGCGUGAUGUGUUCAUAUGGGGUCUUCGAGGACAAAUUGGUUAUGGACAACACGCUAUGGAGUUAAAUACAGCAACUAACGGAGACAAACAAAAAGCUCAAGUAUUAACAACAUGCAGUUGGCCAUGCGUUACUUCCGAAGACUAAGAUUUUUGACUUAUCGUUAGUUUUAAGUUUAGCUACAAUGUUCUCAAUUAAUCAUAUUUAUCGAUGUUUAAUUUGUAACGUUUCCAAAUC